AUGUCGGGCACCCAAGUUAUCAAGGCCGCUUCCAUGUUCACGCCGUCUGGCGCGGCAGCCAAGACCUCUGUCGUGAAGGAGAUGAUCCUUGGAGCCGGUCUGGGCACUGUGUUGGGCUUCUGGUGGCAGACGUACCACUGGAACGAGAACAAGAAGUGGGACGACUUCUACGCUGCACGUGCCGCGGCCAAGGCCAAGGAGGCCAGUGCUUGA